UACUGUUCCUGAUAUCUCAAUAGUACAUCAUUACGAUGACCAUAACAAUAAGAGUACCAAUUGAAAUUUCCUCACUUCUCAUCCAAAAGAAUUAGGAGAGGCUUCGAGGUCGUUUUGACAAUGUCCGAUAUUUAUAGAAUAUCCUGAGACAAGGCUGGUGCUGCGGCCACGGCUUAUUUGAUUUGAAGCGAUUAUUCCAGAUCGAUUGGGAAAUCUUAGGCAGCUCGCCGAAUAGAUUCAAUUCAUCAUUCCAGACCGAUUGAUGUAAUAAAUUAUCUGUUUUUACAUCGGAAAACGACAAACACCUUGAAAAAAUGUUGGGUUAUACGAACAACAAAUACCAGUGGUGGGGUGGAAAAGACAAUUCCGAUCCCGAUGCUGCUGCACGCGGUGACGAGCUUGACGAGAGAAUUCUCUCCGACGCCCGGUUCAAAGAGAGGAUGGCUUACUUUCUCCACCACUUCCAAGAACAAAGAACCGGCUUCUUCCGAACCUACAAGGAGCAGCUCAAACUCAAUAUUCGUAUUCUUUUGUGGCUCUAAUCAGUCCCAAGGACUUCAACUUGUUUAUCAAUCUUUAUGGUGAAUACUAGUGAAGGGGCAGUCGAGCAGGAUGUAGAACAAGGUAACACUGUUGCAAUUGUAUGUUUGUAAAGUGAAGCAAGAUUCCAAAUUCAUUUGCCUAUGCAGACAUGAAACAGCGACGGACUAUUUUCCUCUCUGCUCACUACCACAACAGACAAUGGGAAUGCGAAGCUCGUCAUCAAUCUCGAUGACUUGUCUGUCUUUGGUCAGACAACGGGAAAUGAAAAAUUCGAGCAGGAAAUGAAUAUGGCGAAAGAAAGUCUCAUAGUCCGUCCUUCGAGUUUCCUUCCCUUGCUGGAAGAAAUGGCUAUCAAAUUCUACAAAGAUAACAUGCUUGGUAUCAACGAUUUUUGAGAUCAUGAUUUUCAUUUCUUCUCAUUUUUUCGUUUUAUCUAUCGUCCGAAUGAAAUCACAACUUUUUUGAUGCAACGAGAACGAAGAAGUACUCAUUGUCAUUGUAUUGUAUUUAUCGUUCCUAAUACAACUACUAGUACAACUGAUAGUACUGGAUCAUCUGGAUUUUUGAAGCAGCAAUGUGAACAAUGAUGCUCCUUACUUCUAAAAUCCAGACGAAAACGCAUAUUUGUCAUGACAUAAAUCAUGAUUUUUUUAUGAUUGUUCUCUUCUGGUCACCACAGAGCUUUUCGGCAAUGAAGACGAGCGGCGGCACAACGAGACUCUGAAACAGUUACCGUCACCAGAAUUCCUGCAGGUGCAACUAAUUUUAUGAAUUAUAUUGAGAAGCAAAAAUUAUGGUGGACUUUUUGCAUGCAGAAAUCUUCUUUCACUGGCAACUCGACUGAAAAUUAUGCACUAGACUAUUUCUGUGCCUUUUUAGCUCCAUUGAUUCCCGUGAUAUCGCUUUGGCCGCUCAUUCAUGCUGUCGAAAAAAAAUUCCAGAUGGCCUACACUUUGAUGUGGGGACUACUUCGGCCUUAACUUUAUGAUCUGCUGUUCUAACUUCUUGCAACGUGGAGGAUGAUGAAGAAUCCUUGAUCAAAGGCAGUGGACUACCGAUGCGAAAGAUCCGAAAAUUGCUCGCCGAAGAAGUGGAGUCAUUGGUGAUGGUAAGCGGUAUCGUUGUUCAAGCAAGAAGCAAGCGGCACAAAUGUAAGAAGAUGAAAAUUAGGUGCAAAAGCUGCGGCCACGAGAUGCCCAUAGAAGUUAAAGCAGGACUGCACGGUGCAGCAAUACCAAGAAAAUGUCAAUUACGACAUGUAGAUGUUGUCGUCUGAAGAUAAAGAGGACAAUGAAAGCGAAGAGUCCUCGUCGACUACAAGUAAUUAUAGAUAGCAGACAUUGGCUCGCUUUAUGAUUAUGCAUGAGGAUUUGAAGCUGACGCUAACCAUCGAGAUUCAGUCACCUUCAAAAAGCAGAGGUAGCGCAGCUUUCCAAAGACGGGUAAAUAAAAACUAAAACGGUGCUGUUGUUUCUAAUUUUAUCUGUGAAAGGUCCUGCGGACCAACAAGGUGAUGGAGCGGGUCCCGGCGGAUCAGAGGAAAAGUGCGAGGCAGCCCCAUACUUGGUAUACGAUCACGUUGAACAUUAGAAAGGUCACUAAGUCGUCAACUACGAAUACAGCGUCCACUGUACGACAACGGAUUGUCUACUCCUCGUCCAGGAGGUCAGUCAAAAAAGGCUGAAGUUCUCAAAAUAGUCCUUCUAAAGUUUAUCUUGCUGAGCGGGAUGCAUCUGAUCGAAAAAUUACAGUUAAUUAUGUUCAUAAUCGUUUUUUUCAAUUUGUUCGACUUCAGGUGGUUCCGGAUGAAUGCGAGUAUUGGGAUAUGCAGGAGAUUCGGUUGCAAGAGCUGCCUGAGGAUGUGCCACUAGGAGAUAUGCCAAGAGCUAUCAUGUGCCAUCUUAAUCGAUGCAUGGUGGACCAGCUUCAACCUGGGAACCGAAUAGCAAUUAUAGGUGUACCUAUAAACCAAGAAGCAAAGUCUAGAGACAGGGGAAACGCAACCGCUAAGUCCGGCAUCCAAAUGGCCUAUCUUCAUGGCCUCGGUUUCGUUCGAGGCGGAGAGCUUCGGGUUUUAUGGUUUCUGUCUGGGAUGAUGGAGGUGCUGCUAGAGAAUCUAAUAGAAUUCAGGCAUGCAUGGUCAUGCUGGGCGAGCACUUACUAGCAGUGUUUCUCGUGUCACAUAAUCCUAAGAUGCUCCAGAAAGAACGCUAGGCCCACACUUUGCUGAGAACUCAGAGGAGCAGUACGUUUACGUCCUGCAAGACUAUGAUCAAAAUCGCGAUUUUUUCGUUUCCUUCCCUCUUCAUAUCUCGGACCGAAGCUCACAUCAGCGGAAGAAGAGCGUUUCAAAGAGUGGGCUCGAGACGGAGUCAAACUAGACUUAAGGGUGAACUGGUUACAUGUACAUUCGCCACGAAGAUCUGCGAUUAAUAAGCUAGCAUGAUGAGGAAAACGAAAAAAUGCUGCCUGAAAUAAGACGACGGCUGUCAAUUAUAUAGCAGUCUUCAGUGACUUCCUGGCUGUAUUUCCCAUCUCCUCAUGUGGUAGAGGUAGUUGUAGAAGUAGAAGAGGUGGUCCUAGAAGUUGUAGUUCAAUGAGUCCGCCUGGCCCAAAUUGGACUGCCGGCCUACUUUCAGAAAGAAAAUCGCAAGCAUAUGAAGACCAAUUUUUCUAAGUUUCGAUGGUAGGCAGAUGCCGAUCCACGAGGCGGUAUGGAGGUCCGUUGCUCCGUCAAUCUGUGCCUCUACCAAAGACAACAUUGACAUGGUCAAACAGGCAGUUGCGUGUCUUCUCUUCGGCGGGGCCCGAAAGGAGCUGCCAGAUCAAACGCGACUGCGUGGCGACAUUAACGUCUUAUUGCUGGGAGAUCCAAGCACAGCUAAGGUAUUACAUAUUUGCAUGGUCCAAUCGACGAAGCUAAUUGUCGAAGAUGUGAGGACCCGACUAGUAAUAAUCUUAUCUAAGGAUAACUUUUUUUCUCUUCCUCCUUGUCUUCCUCUGUGCACCCAGUGCGUCAACAUUUUGUGCCCAUCACAACCACCCCAACAGUCGCAGUUUUUGAAGUUUGUUCAUCGGACGUCGCCGAUCUGCGUCUACACCUCUGGUAAGGGGUCGUCAGCGGCUGGUUUGACAGCAGCAAUUGUCAAGGAAGGCGGAAACGGUGGCUUUGCGUUGGAAGGAGGUGCUAUGGUGCUGGCGGAUGGCGGCGUCGUAUGCAUUGAUGAGUUCGAUAAGAUGCGAAAUGACGAUAGGGUGGCUAUUCACGAAGCGAUGGAACAGCAGACCAUCUCUAUCGCAAAAGCGGGCAUCACAGUCGUCUUGAACACGAGGUGUAGGUACAACUACACGUCAGAUACUGGGAGAAAAAAGGAAGUAAAUGCUGACUCCGCAGUUUCAUUUAGUUCUUCUUUCGACAAACACAAACCUUAGUGAAGUAGAUAAUCUGAAAAUUAUAUAUUCUUCACAUGAUGAACAUCUAAAUCUAUCAGUGUCCUCGCAGCUGCGAACCCCAUCUACGGGACAUACGACGAUCAGAGCUCGACAGCCGAACAGAUAGACUUUGCAGCGUCCAUUUUGUCUCGGUUUGACUUGAUUUUCCUGAUCAGAGAUGUACAAGACGCACAGCGAGAUUUCAACCUUGCGAAACACGUGGCCCGCCUUCACGGCGCUUCGAACAAAGACAGUGCGAACUUCGUCGAGCCACCAAUUUCCGGCGAAGACCUGAAGAAAUUCGUCACAUAUGCGAAAAGAACGGUACAGACCGAAGGAAAAAUCAUCAUGAACAUGAUCUCAAGAAAAAGUGAAUAUUUUCGACUUCGCUGUAGAGGACGAGAUCCUUGCUCCUUGUUUUGCUCAUCGAUGUUCUUGAGUUGUUGGUUCAAUCACAUUAUAAUAUAUGAAUCUUUUCUUCUUCUCUUUGCACAAGACGCGUGUGAACUAGACUUUUGCUUUUAGUUCCGUUUGUCCGUGGGGCCUCUCGAAAUGAUAUUUCUCUUGUCCCUAUUAUAUCUAUGUCAACUUACACUUACUACGACUACAGUGCGACCCGCGACUGACGCGGGAGGCCGCAACGUCACUUCAGGCAAACUACAUUCAAAUACGGCAAGGAAUGAAACAGCAAAGAGCUGAAGGAGCGAAAGUCACUUUGCCGAUUACUGUGCGACAGCUAGAGGCAAUAAGUCGUCUGUCCGAAUCUCUCGCGCGCAUGCAGCUGUCAGAUCAGGUAAGGUGCUCUUUUAAGAAUCGAGGAACGAAAUUGCAAUAUGCUGAUACAGCUGUUGAAAGAGCAGGUGAACUAAAUAAGAACAAGACAAGAACUCUAUCUAAAUUUUUUGCUAGAAUUUUUAUCAAAUUCAAUUAUAACAAAAACAAUCAAGUGGAAGUAGAAGUAGAAUGUCAAAUUCAUUCUACUACAUUCCAAUUCCAACGCAUAUUUAACAACGACCAGGUGUAUCCGCAUCAUGUGAAGGAGGCGUUCAGACUUUUCACUGCGGCUACUGUUGAAGCCAACGAGAACCGCAAGAAUGUUGAAGUGAGUGAAGCUGAGCGAGACUUGGUGAAAUCGUGCGAGGAUGCGAUUAUCAACCGUGUCCACAUUGGCGGGAAAGUCACGUUAUGAAUAGAAAAUGUAAUACACAGAACACUUGUACCAUCAGCAUCACGGUCUUCUCUGCAAAUCUUUCCCAGCAUCUUUUUCCUCUGUAGUUUCGCGAAUCAAUCAUGCGUUCGAACAAAAUCGUAUCGAUACGCACCACAUCAAGAAUGCGCUCGCUCUAAUCAGGAAGGUUGCGCUGAUCUCAUUCUUGCAGGAACAGGGUAUCGAUGUACCUAUUGCCAGAAAAACCUUGCAGAUACUGGUCCAACGAAGAGUGCUGGAAGAGGCUAACAACGCUUCCUACAAAAGAGUCAUGGACGCUUAG